GGUCACACCCUUCCCAGCCUCCCUCCUCCCUCCCUCCCGCUCUGCCCGCCAUGUUCUGGAGGAGGAGAUACGUGUAGCCUGGCUUUGGCUGGAUUAGCAUUAGCAACACUUAGCUCAGGCGGAGGCGCAACAAGCUCCCCUGAAAAAUAACUCCUCUUCUCUUUCAUUUUUUUUUCUCUCCCCUCUUUUUGGAAUUGACCAAACUAGUUUAUGGGUUCACAUCCCUGGAUUACAAAUCAAACCAACACAAUAUGGUGAUGGCGCGGUCAUGUGUGCAGCCAGCGCUGUGUGUUUGGAGAUGGUUUUAACAGACGCCGUUCUGGAGGACUCAGGAACACUGCACUGGCCUGGAGAAGCCUCAUAAACAAACACACACGUACACAACACACACACACACACUAACACACACCUGUGUACUUGAAGAUUUACAGAUACACAACGCCACCGCCGUGCCUUGAGAAAGGACACGGGCGCACAGACGCAUAAGCGUCCACCCAGAGCACACACACAGUUUCUUUUCGUCUGUGUCACCACGGCUGCCAACAUGCCGAGCUCCACCAUCCGUCGCCAGAUGAAGAACAUGGUGAACAACUACUCGGACGCCGAGAAGAAAGUCAGAGAGGCCACCUCCAACGACCCCUGGGGCCCGUCGUCCUCUCUGAUGUCCGAGAUCGCCGACCUCACCUACAACGUGGUCGCCUUCAGCGAGAUCAUGAGCAUGAUCUGGAAGCGGCUCAACGACCACGGCAAGAACUGGCGCCACGUCUACAAGGCGCUCACCCUGCUCGACUACCUGAUCAAGACGGGCUCGGAGCGGGUGGCGCUGCAGUGCAAGGAGAACAUCUUCGCCAUCCAGACGCUGAAGGACUUCCAGUACAUUGACCGGGACGGCAAAGACCAGGGCAUCAACGUCAGGGAGAAGAGCAAGCAGCUGGUGGUGCUACUCAAAGACGAGGAGCGCCUCAAAGGAGAGAGGUCUCAGGCUUUGAAGACCAAAGAGCGAAUGGCCCAGGUGUCCACAGGGAGCAGUCAGAUGGGCUUUGGCCGAGGCUCGUCUCAGCCCAACCUCUCCACUUCCUACAGCGAAGAGUACGGCAGGUCAGAGGGCUCGCCUGCCUCCUACCACGGCUCCACGUCUCCCAACGCGGGCUCCGAACUGGAGCAGGCCAGACCCCAGACCAGCGGAGAGGAGGAGCUCCAGCUGCAGCUGGCUCUGGCCAUGAGCAGAGAGGCAGCAGAGCAGGAGGAGCGCAUACGCAGAGGGGAUGACCUGCGACUACAGAUGGCCUUGGAGGAGAGUAAGAAAGGAGGUCCAGAAUCAGCAAAACUGGCCAAGAAGAAGAGAGAGCCGCAAUCGUCUCUGAUGGAUCUGAUGGUCGUCCCUGAGCCCAGUGCCAGUGCUGAUCCCUGGGGUGCAGGGGCCGCGGGCGGAGCUGGGCCCGGGGCUGCCGCCGCGCCAGAAGACCCCUGGCAUUCAUAUGGGUCUGCACCUAAACCAGCUGCCCCAGUGGACCCAUGGGGGGUCACUCCUUCUGUCCCACCCAUGAAGAGCAGCGAUCCCUGGGCAACAAACUCCGCUCCUGCCGCCGACCCCUGGGGCUCCGCGUCCGCCCGCCCUAAAACCUCCAACACAGGUAACUUUGACCUGUUCAAUGCAUCCAACGGUACGUCUAAAGAGGACUUCUCAGAGUUUGACAGCCUGCGCUCUUCCUCCUCUGUCCCCACUGGCGACGGGGGCGUGGCAUCGCUCGCCAGCAGCGGCAGCCUGGACCUCUUCGACCCCCUGCCCGGCUCCAUGUCCAUGUCUGGCAUCACGAACCCGACCAGAAAGACUCCAGAGUCCUUCCUGGGUCCCAAUGCUGCCCUGGUCAACCUGGACUCUCUGGUGACCAAACCGGCCCAGCCUGCACCAAUCGUCAACCCCUUCUUAGCUUCAACAGGAGGUUCUGCUCCAGCUGCAGCAGCCCACGCCAACCCCUUCCAGGUGACCCAGCCAGCACCACCCACCCUCAACCAGAUGCGGGUCAGCCCCAUGCCCUCCGGCUUCGGCGCCGUCGAGCCCAUGGCCGUCUCCUCCGGGCCGCCUCCGCCCAUCGCCAUGGUCCCCCUGGCGGGUAUGACCCCCAUGGCCCACGUGAUGCCCGGAAUGGGGAUGAAUACGGGGAUCCAGACCUCCAUGUCCAUCCCACAGCCCCUUAUGAGCAUGCCACCCCACCGGGCGCAGCCCGGCGGAACCACCAACCCCUUCCUUUUGUGA